AUGCCAAAAAUUGUUUCAAGUUCUAUAGUCUCGUCCUCUGAACAGACAAAUACACGCCCAGAACAGCAUCUUCAUGUUUACUACUGUCUAUGCAGUGAAUUUAUUUUGGUUAUAGAUGCUCGACUAGAUAAAUUACCCCGUCGUAUCACAGAUAGAGCUCAUAUUAUUGCAAAUGGAAAGCGGGUGUAUAAAUUGAAUGCAGUUGAAUCGGAAACACCAGUUAUUCUGAAAAGGGAUGAUGGAUAUGAAAAACAAUAUCGACUAUAUUGCCCACGUUGUAAUCUUUUUAUUGCCUAUGAGACUACGGACAGACGAAAAUCGGGUCCUUACACUUAUAUCGUAGAAAGUAGUUUAACAGAAAAUCAAGGUGUUGUACCGCAGGAUGCGAUUAAUGAUUAA